GCCGCGCAUGCGCACAGUCGUGACAGGAGCCGCGGUGGCGGCGCGCUGUAGUCACUGCUAUGGGCUGCGGCGGAGGGGCCUGAGCUCGGCCGGAGGCGCCUCUUACCGCGCUCAGUCCGCGCCCGCCCAUGGCGGAGCUGGGUGCUGAGGAGCCUGAUGAGCGGCUGCUGGUCUUCGAGGAGACUUUGCCUCAGACAGGGCCGCCCUGGCGGGACCCGCAACGAGCAAAAGCUGCCCCUGGCGGGGCUGUGAGGCUGUGUGGGGAGCCGGGGCUCGAGGAGGAAGAAGAGGAGGGUGAGGAGGACUCAGAGGACUCGGGGCCCGAGGGGGAUGGAGAGGACGAGCCUCUCCUGCGGGCGUCGGGUACCGGCCGCUGCCGCCGGGCGUGCGCCGCCUGGGACAAGGAGCCCCGCGCCCCUGCAGGGCACAUAGGACAUGCUGCUGAUAUGAAUAUAUUUUUAGAUGAUCCAGAAUUUGCAGAAAUUAUUCUGAGAGCAGAGCAAGCUAUAGAGUGUGGAGUUUUUCCAGAAAGAAUCUCUCAAGGAUCCAGUGGGAGUUAUUUUGCCAAGGAUCCAAAAGGGAAAAUUAUUGGAGUAUUCAAACCAAAAUCUGAAGAGCCUUAUGGACAUCUAAAUCCAAAGUGGACCAAAUAUUUUCACAAAAUUUGUUGUCCUUGCUGCUUUGGCAGAGGCUGCCUCGUUCCAAAUCAGGGAUACCUCUCUGAAGCUGGUGCCUAUCUUGUGGAUGACAAGCUGGGGCUAGGAGUUGUACCUAAAACUAAGGUUGUCUGGCUUGUCAGUGAGACCUUUAAUUACAGUGCAAUAGAUCGUGCAAAGUCCAGAGGGAAAAAAUAUGCUUUAGAGAAAGUGCCAAAAGUUGCUAAAAAAUUUAAUCGAAUCGGACUACCUCCUAAGGUUGGCUCCUUCCAGCUAUUUGUUGAAGGAUAUAGGGAAGCUGACUACUGGCUCAGGAAGUUUGAAACUGAUCCUUUACCUGAGAACACAAGGAAAGAAUUUCAGAUGCAGUUUGAAAGAUUGGUUAUCUUGGAUUAUGUCAUCAGAAAUACAGACAGAGGUAAUGACAACUGGUUAGUCAGAUAUGAAAAAGCAGAUGAAGGACUUGAUCUGGCAGAUAAGGACAGCCAAUGGACCAUUAGCAAAGAAUCUACAAUUAAAAUUGCUGCAAUUGACAAUGGUUUAGCAUUUCCUUUUAAGCAUCCUGAUGAGUGGAGAGCAUAUCCCUUCCACUGGGCUUGGCUUCCUCAAGCAAAAGUUCCUUUCUCUCAGGAAAUCAGAGACCUAGUUCUUCCUCGCGUUUCUGACAUGAACUUUGUACAGGACCUCUGUGAAGAUCUUUAUGAACUGUUCAAGACUGAUAAAGGAUUUGACAAGGCUACGUUUGAAAGCCAAAUGUCUGUCAUGAGAGGGCAGAUCCUAAAUCUUACUCAGGCAUUAAAGGAUGAGAAGAGUCCCAUUCAGCUUGUUCAGAUGCCGCGGGUGAUUGUGGAGCGAAGCAGCACAGGAAGUCAGGGUCGAAUUGUUCACCUGAGUAAUGCAUUCACACAGACCUUUCAUAGCAGGAAGCCUUUCUUUUCCUCCUGGUAACAACAAAAACACGUGGGAAGAAUAAGUUUCUCAUAACUUCUGUGUAAAGGCUCCUCAGUUACAUAGGUUUGCUGUAUACUGAGAGCUGACUGCCAACACCUCAGAACUUAAAUUCUAAAGACUGAAGAAAUUCCUUCUGAAUGUACUAAAAGUUUACCAUUUUUGUGUUGAAACAGUUAAAUCCUUAUGUCAGGGAAUGAGAAGAACUUAUCCAUAUUGUAUUUUUAUAGGCUAAAUUAGUGUAUUCUGAAUAAUACUAUGAAUAAGGGAAGAUAUGUGCUGAAGACCUACUUUUGAAUACAACAGGAAUUCUUUUUGUUUAAUAUAAGUGUGAGAGCCUACUCACUAUCACUUUCCUUUUAUAUUGUCUUUUAAAAAGAAAAAGUGCAGAAUGUAAAUCUUUGAUUGUGAAAAUGCUUUUCCUUGGAAUUUCUUCCUGCUGUUUUAAGCUGUUUGUAGAUUUUUUUCAUAUGCUAGUUACUUGAAAAGUCAUGCACUAAAGAAAAAAAAAGAAUCACUCUAUCCUUGAUAAACAUGUGAAAGAAAAAGGAGAAGGGAAAAAUACUCCACAUAGUUUUAGGAUGGUUUUUUUUUGCACAUUGGGACCAAAACCAGCUAAAUAGUUGGAUUACAUCAAAAUUCAACCCGGGUGAGUAUGCGCAGUUCCUACGGUGGCAAGAUGAACUGAGUGUACGUUUCAGAGGUUGAAAUUUCACCUGUAGCUUUUAGAACUUGUGUGUUUAAACACAGGUGUGGGAAAUUGUGAUAUUUCUUUAUAGAUGCGUCACAGUGAAAGAACUGCGUCAGGUUCUUAGGAGGGUUUUUUUGCCAUAUGUGUUCAUCAGUAGUCACCAAAGUGGUUCUGCACUAUUAAUGACAGAAGCACUACUGUCUUCAUCACAAAGCCAGCCUGCCUUCUAAAUUUCUAUCUAAACACACCAUUAUUUAUUUAUUUUGGGGAGGGACUGGAAUAAAGCAAGAUUGUAAUACACAGAGCACAGUGAUUUCUUAUUGUGCCCUUGACAGUGUCAUGCUCAUCUGCCACUUGCCCUUUGGAUUUCUGUUUUAAGUUACGUGAUUUAAGACUUGAUGUUCAUGUUUCUAGGUCCGUGGCUUAUGUAAUACAGUAAAUAUUUUUUGGUAAUUUUCUGGACAGUUAAGACUGGAAAUGGGAGAAAAACUGCUGCUUUUAUGAAACCUUCAGUAUUUCAGACAUCGCUGUAUUUUGUAAUUCUAAGCAAUACUGUUGAACUCAAAAAAUAAUAAAAUGCUUGUAUUUUAUAUAAUUUUGAGUGGAUGUAAAUACUCAUGUAGCUUGUCAGCAAUUCAUAUAAUUAACUGAAACGUUUAAGCCUUAAAUGUAAAAUUUCACUGUAUGGUGGAGUUCAAAAUACAAUUGAGAUGACCACCUUUAUAUAUUUCCCAUGAUUGUUUUUAUCCAGACAGUUUAUUACAAAAUUAAAGAUGGUGUUUAUGUACCAGACACGCCUCCUGAAGAGAAUAAAUGUCCUUGUCUCAAACGCAA